CCCCGUCGCCGUUAGCGGAUGGGCUGGGAAGGUCUCCCGCGGCGGAGCUGGCGGCGAGGCGCCCUGGGGGUUUAGUGCCGUCCCCGGCGGCUGCCCGGCCGAGCCAGAAAAGCCUUCGGGGAGCAAGGAAAGGUUAACGCGGUCCUUGGGGUCGGGGCUUGCUGGCGGGAAGCUCCUGGGCGAGGCCCGGGCCUGCUGCCCGCCGCUCCGUGCUCCCUCGCGUCGUCCGAGUGUGUCUGCUUCGGGGCACCUCCGCCUUGGGGUGGCCCUUGCUGUUGGAUAACCGAAGAAGUAUUGCUGCGCCUCCCACACGAGCUGUCAUGGGGGGAAUAAAUAGCAGCAUCUCUUGUGGAGGUCUCCUGAAGACCAAGAACUUGAAGCACUGACUUCAACUCUUCAGUGCCUGGCUCAGUCUGCAGGGACAGCAUGCCAAACUGGGGAGGUGGAAACAAGUGUGGUGCCUGCGGCCGAACUGUCUACCAUGCUGAAGAGGUGCAGUGUGAUGGGAGAAGCUUCCACAGGUGCUGCUUCCUCUGCAUGGUCUGCCGGAAAAACUUGGACAGCACAACUGUAGCAAUUCAUGAUGCUGAAGUUUAUUGCAAAUCUUGUUACGGAAAAAAGUAUGGCCCAAAAGGUUAUGGAUAUGGCCAAGGGGCAGGCACACUGAACAUGGACAGGGGAGAGAGACUAGGUAUCAAGCAUGAGAGCACACCCUCUCCCCACCGACCCACGACAAAUCCAAAUACUUCAAAAUUUGCUCAGAAAUUUGGAGGUUCAGAGAAAUGCUCUAGAUGUGGUGAUUCUGUUUAUGCAGCUGAGAAAGUAAUAGGUGCUGGGAAGCCAUGGCAUAAAAACUGCUUCCGAUGUGCUAAGUGUGGAAAGAGCCUAGAAUCUACAACCCUGACUGAAAAAGAAGGAGAAAUCUAUUGUAAAGGUUGUUAUGCAAAGAACUUCGGCCCCAAAGGAUUUGGAUAUGGUCAAGGAGCAGGUGCCCUUGUUCAUGCUCAGUGAGGGAGCACAACUUAAGACCUGUUAUGGCUCUUCAGAGACUCUUCUGCAAGAGAGGUUUCCUAAAUGUUACUAACGACUGUGAAAUGGAUACUAGUUUGCUAUAGUAUUUGGGCCAAAUUUUUAGCAGACAUUAAAAAAAAAAAAUCCAUACCACUGCUCUUCCUCCCCUUUCUUUGUGUACCACACUAACACUUUUAAUACUAUGUAUCAAUUCAAUAAAGCUUUGUUUGUUGAUGUAUCCUAAAAAGAA